AUGAGGACCGGUGCCGAUUCUCCAUUUCUCAACUACUCCGAGCCCGGCUUCAGCGUGCAGACUGGCUACGAGGGCUACCUCGUGCCCUACCAGGGCCAUUCCGUGUCCGCGCCCGCGGCCCUGGGCGGCCUCGGCCUCCUGGGCUCGCUGCUGCCCUUCCCCAAGCUGGGCAUCAAGCUGUUCCCCAAGGUCGGCCUGUUCGCGCUCGGCUUCCUCUUUCUGCUGCUCAUCGGCGGCGCCUUCACCACGGCCGUGUGCGCCUUCACGCCCUUCUGCACCAUCUCCUUCCUCGGCCUCGGCCUCACCAGGAACACAAUGCGCUCCUACCUCACCCCGGACCGCCUCAGCCAGACCACCGCCUUCGUCCUCGACGCCAUCGACAAAUACAAGGACUUCUCCAAGAAGGUGUCCAAGAAGGAGGCGCGCGCCGCGGCCCGCAGCAACACCGACGUCAGGCGGCGCAGGUGAAGGUGAAGGUGAAGGGGCUGAGGUGUGAGGGUGGCUGCGCCCAGAGGCAGGAUUGUUCGUUUCUUGCUUCCAGGCGCUAACUGAAAGCAUUGCCCGACUCUGAGCGGAGGAAUGGUCGAGUUGGGAAGUUAGGGGCUGGCAGCUGCGUCACCUAUGGGUCCCAUUCAGAAAUUCGACGAGACCAUUUCCUGCAAUAUUUAUCAUGCUUAACUUGAUCCGCACAGACUUGGCCUGCUGGCAGUGAGCGCAAUGACGUUGACCUUCCGAUAACUUCCAACUCGAAUGCUGGCCUGUCCUCCGGUGGCAUGUUCCUUAGAAGCUAGUCAUAGUUCUGGAGUGAGUUCCAGCCUAGAGCGCAAAGCGCAUUUGUGGGCAAGGAAUGAUGUUAAAAAUUAAUGCCCGGGGUGAUUGGAUCAGUGAAUGUUUCGAAACCAUUUACCUGUAUUUCGUUGUCGAAUGACUAGAUCCUGCGUGGUGUAGAUGAGUAUUAUUAAGUAUUUAUGAAUCUAUUUAUUUAUUUAUUAACUUAUUUAUUUGCUUUGCUGAUGUUCUUUUGCAAAACUUUCCAUGUUUCAAGGCAACAAUUGAUCAAAAAUUACACCCUAUCAAUCAAUGAUUGUGAGACCUAACCAAAAUAAAUGUGAACUGAUUUCAGUAUAUAAAAGCCAAACAUUGUACAGUGUCGAUUUCAUUGUCAAACUCCAUGUCAACAA